GGGACUCUGCUGGACCCCACAGCCCCUUUCCAGGGGAGGGCCCUGGGGACCCUUUUCUGAGUCUGAGCACAUGCUCUAUAGUGUGGGUGCGGUGUUGUCCUAACAGUGGCCUGGUUGUCCACCGCUUACUUGGAACGAUGUCCCUGGGGCCGUUGGGCUGUUGCUGAUGACUCUGUUUCCUUCCAGAGAAAGUAAGGAGCUGGCCGACCUGGCCCGGCUACACCCCACCAGCUGUGCUGCUAAUGGCUUGAACCCCAACCUCAUGGUGACCGGGGGCCCAGCAUUGGCAGGCUCAGGUCGCUGGUCCGCCGACCCCGCAGCCCACCUGGCCACUCACCCCUGGCUGCCCCGUUCAGGCAGCACCUCCAUGUGGCUUGCUGGACACCCCUAUGGCUUGGGUCCCCCGUCUCUGCAUCAGGGCAUGGCGCCUGCCUUCCCACCUGGCCUGGGGGGCUCCCUGCCAUCAGCCUACCAGUUUGUCAGGGACCCCCAGUCAGGUCAGCUGGUGGUCAUUCCCAGCGAUCACCUGCCUCACUUUGCGGAGCUGAUGGAGCGGGCUGCGGUGCCACCCCUUUGGCCAGCCCUGUACCCUCCGGGCCGCAGCUCCCUGCACCAUGCCCAGCAGCUGCAGCUCUUCUCCCAGCAGCACUUUCUGCGGCAGCAGGAAUUCCUGUACCUGCAGCAGCAGGCUGCCCAGGCCCUGGAGCUGCAGAGGAGUGCCCAGCUGGUGCAGGAGCGGCUGAAGGCCCAGGAGCACCGGGUGGAGAUGGAGGAGAGAGUCAGCAAGCGGAGCCUGGAGGCCUCGGGCAAGGCCAGCCUGGCCACCGCUGGCCCUGGGCUGUUACCUCGGAAGCCCCCUGGCCUGGCCACGGGCCCCUCGGGCACCUAUGGCAAGGCCAUGAGCCCACCGCCAUCUCCCCGCGCUUCCCCUGUGGCCGCCCUGAAGGCCAAAGUCAUCCAGAAGCUGGAGGACGUGGCCAAGCCUCCGGCCGCCUACGAGGAGGCGCCUGAGAAUGUGGUAGAGAAGAAGGACUUGGAGCUGGAGAAGGAAGCUUCCAGCCCCUUCCAGGCCCUGUUCCCAGAUAUCCCGCCCAGGUACCCGUUUCCCGCCCUGCCGCCACACUAUGGGCGGCCCUACCCCUUCCUGCUGCAGCCCACGGCGGCUGCCGACGCUGACGGCCUGGCCCCUGACGUGCCGCUCCCGGCGGAUGGAUCCCUGAGCCGCUGCAGGAGGGCCCGGAUGAAGAGCCCCUGGCAGAGCGGGAGGUGA